AUGCAACUAUCAGAUACAACUGUCGACGCGGGGCUUCCGAAUGUCCAAUACACGGCACACUACCUUCGUUCAGUUAUCAUUCAUUCCAUAGAUACAUUCAACUAUCCAAAUGCAGAAUUUGCCAGUGAACGACUACUAGCGCAAACACCACUCAAUUUAGAUUCCGUCUACUUGUAUUGUCUUUCAUUAUACCAUCAAUCCAAAUUGAAAUCAUGCUAUCGAAAAUUGGUUGAAGUGAGCACGAAAUUGAAUUUGAACCAUCUUGGGUGUAGUUUCUUGUUUGGCAAAUGUUGUUUACUGUUGAAUAAAUCUAAAGACGGGAUAUUCCAGCUAUUGAAAAUAAGGAAUUUGUACGGUGGAGAAGACAUUGGGGCUGCUGCGGGUAUAAGUGUAAGUGUAAGUGGAGGUGGAAGUGAAAGGAUGGGCAUGGAGAUGAGAUUUGAUUAUGAAAAUUGUCGCAGUGUUGUUCCUGAUGCAUCACUGAUUUACCAUUUAUUGGGAGACUUGUAUCGUGAUGUUGAUGAUAUCAAAAAUAGUUGCUUGAGCUAUUCGCAGUGCUUGAAGUUGAACCAAUUCGAUUUCGAAGCCUUUCAAAAGCUAUGCAAGAUGGGAGUUGAUAUGAAGGUGAAGAGUUUGUACAAGUUUCAGAAAGGUGGCGCAAGUGGUCAUCUGGACCUGCUGGGGAGAGACGAUGUAUUGCAACAACAACAGCAGCAGCAACAACAACAACUACAGCAGCAGCAGCAAAUCUCACAGCCAUUCAAAACCCCGCAAGCAUUAGGGACGCGCGAUAUACCUGACUUGACUAACCCUUUCACUGAUAAAAUGAGUGCAGCAGUACCUACUUCCACGAGUGGCAACAGUCCACUCAAGACUCCAACGAUACAUGUUGACGAUUUCAAUUUCUCCACUCCUCGAAUAAAGACUGCCACGGUCCCCGAUGCGCCAUUGCGAAAAUCGAACUUGAAUACUGGUAACCAUCAUUCAAGUCUCCAUGAUGCCAACAACACGACCAUUGCCAAUAAUACCUUUGAGUUUGUAAAACCUACGAGCAACACUGAAGGUGGGGCAGGUGGCGGCAAGAAGCGUGGUAGUCGAGUGUAUUCCAAAAUCACCUCGCGGUUGAUUUCUCAACCAUCUUCUCAUGGCACAAUAAACUCAUCGGACGCAGCUAGCAACAAGAAGAAUUUGAAACGAAACAACUCAGUCACUUCAGAUGAUGGUAUUGGCGGUGGCUCUGUUGGAACUGGAGCGACUGCAGCAGUGACUACCAGCUCAUCGAUUGCAUUUUUGAAAGAGGUUGAAAAAGUUGAAAUUUACCUUUUACAUCUGUAUCUGCUUUUUGCAAAGAGUUUCAAACUUUUAUCCAACUAUGAUUGCUACAAGGCCAUCAAGAUAUUGGAAACUGACAUCAGUGAACAAGACCGAGAAACUCCUUGGGUCUUGAGCAAAUUGGGGAAACUACACUAUGAAGUGAUGAAUUAUAAGAAAUCAGAACAGUACUUCAAGAAACUACGCCAAUUGGAUCGAGCCCGGUGUCAGGAUAUGGAAGUUUAUUCAACUUUACUCUGGCACUUGCACAAGAAAGUUGAACUUACAUUUCUAGCCAAUGAGUUGCAUGACAUUGACCCCAACAGUCCCAUAACUUGGUGCACCAUUGGUAACUUGUUUUCCCUCACCCAUGAACCGGAUGAAGCUAUACGAUGUUUCAACAAGGCAAUCAAGUUGGAUGACAAGUUCACAUAUGCCCAUACAUUGAAAGGGCAUGAGUUUUUCGCCAAUGACAAUUAUGAACUGGCGAUGGAAAGUUUUAGGUUGAGUUUGUUGUUGGACCCACGUCAUUUCAAUGCCUUGUAUGGAAUUGGAAUGAUUUAUAUGAAUUUGGGUGAGUACCAAAAAGCCGAUUACCAUUUCCGCAAAGCCAUAUCCAUUAACCCAAUCAAUAUCAUAUUGAUUUGUUGUGUUGGUAUGGUGUUGGAAAAACUCAAUAAGAAAACCAUGGCUUUGAAACAAUAUGAAUUGGCGUGCAAAUUACAACCAACUAACCCGUUACCCAUUUUCAAAAAGGCGCAAUUGUUGUUUAGUUCACAAAAUUACCCCUUGGCUUUGAAAAAUUUUGAAGUUUUGAAAAACUUGGCACCCAAUGAAGCUAGUGUCCAUUUUCUUUUGGGACAAUUGUACAAUUUGCAACAGGAUAAGUACGCUGCUAUAAGGGAGUUUACUAUAGCUUUGAAUUUGGAUCCGAAGGGGAGUUAUUUGAUCAAGGAGGCUAUGGAGUCGUUGAAUGGGUGA